CCGCAAUUCUACUUCACACUUCUCCAAAAGCUGGCCUCAUGGUUUUUGCUGGCAGUAGUGAGUAGUCAGUUUGUUACCGGAACUCUGAUACUGUAUUCGGUUUGGAAGCGCGGAAACAUUUUCCAAUAGUUUCACUAUUUCUUCUGAUAAACGGUUUAUGAGUGAACAAAGUUUUGUGCCGUGAGUGACAUUACAUUUUAUUGUAAUUAUUAUGUGAAAAAGUAUCAGUUAUUGUUCUUCAUAAAAAUCUCCUUCAUCUUUGGACUGAUAAGUGUUUAAUUUGAAGAAUUGCAAAAAAGCCCAGAAAUUCUUUACCAGUACUAAAACAAAGAAGACAUUUAAAAGCAUUGAAAUCUAUGUUGCCGAAAAUGGAUGGGCAACGGGAUCAGCAGUCACUCGAGGAGCAGUCUGAUAUAGAGAAGCAGGGGCAACUUCUCCCCCCGUCGCCAACCACGCCUUCGUGGGGUAUCGCUGAUAAAAUAGUGGGCAAGGUGAAGACUCACAAAUGCAGACAGUGUAACUAUGUAUCCAUCACAAAAUUGGAUUUUUGGCAGCAUAAUCGUGGACAUAUCAAGAUUGACAAAUUAUUAACUUGCCCUAAAUGUCCAUUCGUCACAGAGUAUAAACAUCACCUUGAAUAUCAUCUUCGAAAUCACUUUGGAUCGAAGCCUUUCAAAUGCAAUAAGUGUCCUUACUCAUGCGUCAACAAGUCGAUGCUCAGUAGUCAUCUUAAAUCACAUUCCAAUGUCUACCAAUACAGAUGUGCAAAUUGCUCCUACGCUACCAAAUAUUGUCAUUCGUUAAAGCUACAUUUAAGAAAAUAUAAUCAUCAGCCUGCAAUGGUUUUAAAUGCCGAUGGAUCUCCGAACCCGCUGCCUAUUAUUGACGUUUAUGGAACCCGAAGAGGUCCGAAGCCUAAGCCGGUCAAGAUAAAAGAAGAGAAUCAGUACAACGUGCAGAAUCAAUUAAACAAUAACAUAUUGAGUUCGAUUUCACCACCCAUUGUGAGUUCGCAAGUGAUGAUGCCGACGUCAAUGUCGCCAAUAAAUAUGGGAAGUCCAAUGAAUAUGUCCGUUUUAAACAGCGGUCCAAAUGGAAUGAACAAUCUUGUGCCGAAUCAUACUAAUGUACUGAAUGCAUUGUCAUCUUAUAAUCAGUUACUUAGUGCUGGAUAUCCUAUGCAGAAUUCUAUUUUUAGUGAGAAUAUUGCAGAGAACGCAUUAAAACUACAAGCUUACUUUGAAUAUACUAGAUCUAUCAAUAAUGAGAAAAUUCUCGAAGAUUCACUGCUGGACAGCAUUUCCACUGGAUCGACUGGAUCCACUGGAUCUAUUACUUUAAAUGAUGAUUCAAGUCCCGAGAAAAAAGAUAACAUGCUUCCUAUACUUGAAAAAUGUGAAUCAGUUUCUGAAAGUUGUAACAUUGAUAAAAAGUAUGAAAUUUCUAAUCAAGAAGAACAUUCUGUGCAAAAGAACAAUGUCAAUAAUUUGAAGAAAACAGGCACUAGUAGGCGUAAGGGGAAGGCCGUAAAAUUAGAUAAACAUAUAUUGGAAAAGGAUUCUGAUGAUGAGCAGGACUACGAAAAAUAUUUCAACAAGCUGGCAUUAACUAUUCCCAAUAAAUGUUAUUCGGAAAGGAAUAGUUUGGAUUCUGAAGAUAAAUCUGAAACUGUAGAUCAGUAUGCAUGUCAAUACUGUGAAAUUUCUUUUGGAAAUGAUGUCAUGUACACUGUUCACAUGGGUUAUCAUGGAUACAAAAAUCCAUUUACUUGUAACAUGUGUGGGCAUCAGUGUACCGAUAAGGUGUCAUUCUUUCUUCACAUUGCUAAGUCAAAACAUUAAGCAAGUGACAAUUUAAUCAAAAUUAGCGACACUUUUUUAUCUAUUGAAAUUAUUUUAUUAAAAGCGAAGCAACGAAGUUUCUCCGAUAUUCUCAACGAAUAAUAUUGAUAAAGAAAAUUUGUUAGACUGUCCAUAUAUAUAUACUUGCUAGGUUGCUUUUACGAAAUAUUUCGAGCCAAAUACUUGUGGUUGUGAAUUAGAAUGAAAUUGUAUAAAUGUCUCAGGGUCAUAUAAAAGAUACACUACACUGCCUUUAUGUAGUUACAAUCAAAAGCACUUGGUGCGAUUCUCCAAUUUACUGAUACUUUUGAUUUGAGAAUAUGUCCAAGUAAAGCAGUACGAAAGUAGAAAACUACCUACCUCAGAAAAUCGUACAUUUUUCUAAAUCUAUAAUAUUUAUACGUUUUCUAAACCAUUUUCUAGAUUAUAUUUUUGUAAUAUAUUUGUUAAAACAGUGCAAAACUAUAGCAUAAUUGUAAGUCUAAAAUUAAUAUUUUUCAUAUUCCAAAGAGGUUUCUUCAAAAAGUAUUAUUAUAAUAAAAAGAGUGAUUAUA